GCGACGGCAGCGCAGGCCGCUACGGAAGCGGGGUUCUGUUGCUGCAGAGACGACCGGCUGUCGCUGAUGAUUGUAGCGCGAGGACCAUGACGGGGAAGAAGUCUUCCCGGGAGAAGCGGCGCAAGCGGAGUGGGCAGGAGGCAGCCGCGGCGCUCGCGGCUCCGGACCUGGUGCCCGUGUUGAGCGGGAGCGCGGGUGGGUGCGGGAGCGGCGGCUGCUGCGGGGUCGCCGGCAGCGGGACGAGUGUGGCAGGUGGCGCGGAACGAAGCGAGCGCCGAAAGCGGAGGAGCACCGAUUCGUCCUCCAGCGUCUCGGGCUCCCUGCAGCAGGAAACCAAGUAUCUUUUACCAAGUCUGGAAAAAGAAUUAUUCUUGGCAGAGCACAGUGAUCUUGAAGAAGGUGGACUGGAUCUGACUGUCUCAUUAAAACCUGUUAGUUUCUAUAUAUCAGACAAAAAAGAAAUGCUGCAGCAGUGCUUCUGUAUAAUAGGAGAAAAGAAGUUACAGAAGAUGCUCCCUGAUGUGCUGAAGAACUGUUCAGUAGAAGAAAUUAAAAAACUAUGCCAGGAACAAUUAGAGCUCCUGUCUGAAAAAAAAAUCUUGAAGAUUCUUGAGGGUGACAAUGGUUUGGACUCUGAUAUGGAAGAGGAGGCAGAUGAUGGCUGUAAGGUGGCGCCUGAUUUAAUCAGUCAGCAAGAUGCCUGUAUAGAUUCUACUUCAUCCCUGAGAGAGAACAAACAACCAGAAGGUUUGGAAUCAAAACAAGGCAAAGGGGAAGAUAGUGAUGUACUCAGUAUAAAUGCAGAUGCUUAUGACAGCGAUAUAGAAGGCCCAAGCAAUGAAGAAGCUGCUGCUGCCAAUGCCAUCCCUGCUGCUACUGCUGCUGCUACUGCUGCUGCUUCAGAGGUCCCAGAAAAUACAGUCCAGAGUGAAGUUGGCCCGAUAGAUGACCUGGAGAGAGAUAUUGAAAAAAGUGUCAAUGAGAUUUUGGGACUGGCAGAGUCUAGCCCAAAGGAACUCAAAGCGGCCACCCUGACUGUUCCUCCACCGGAAGAUGUUCAGCCUUCUGCACAGCAGCUGGAGCUUCUAGAACUUGAAAUGAGGGCAAGAGCGAUUAAGGCUCUCAUGAAAGCUGGUGAUAUAAGAAAGCCAGUCUAGUUCUCUGACUUGAAUAUUAUGUGUGUUUGAAUGAAGCCAUGUCAUAUAAUUUUGUAUCUGAUGUUUAUUUGGGUCUCAUGUGAUAUUUCUCAUGUAAAACUUAUUAGGUAAACUCAUCUUAGGCUGAAAGUAUAUAUAUUUUUUACUUUUAUAUUCUAGAUUAUAGAUGAAUAUUUAAAUUCAUGACAAAUAUGAUUGGGUACCCUGAUACUUCUUUUAGUUAGUGUCUGUAAAUUGAUAUCUUAAAAGCCAACAGGAAAGAGACAAUAUUUUUUUUCCUUUGUUUUUAAAAGUUUUGGCAACAAACUCAAAAGCUUUAAGAAAGAUUGACCAAGCAUGUUUCUCUUAAGGCUACCUGUAUUUUUCAAUAGAAUAUUAAAUUAUUGCUCCUAGGUUUGUUAGCAGUUAAGAACUUUAGUUUUGUGUAUAUAUACUUUUAAGAUAUGUACUGUUGGAGGAUGCCUUUUGUGGAUGUGAAUUUCCUAGCUAAAACUAAUGAACUGUUUUGUUGUAAGGCUCAGAGAUCGAACUUGCUUUAAAAGCUUUUUUAAUAAAGAAAAAAAAUCAACUUAAGGCUAUUUUUUUAACAAUGUAAAGUUAAUUUGUUCAUGUUAAAUUCCAGCAACAAGCCAUUCUGACAUAUGUUUGGUCUUUUGUUCACAUUUUUUUCCUUCAAUAAAACAAAACAAAAAACAAAACAAAUUUUCAUUUACAUUCCAAGCUAUCAGGAAAGGGAUACUAUGAUACAGGGUUUUGUUUGAUGUCAUUGUUAGAAGAUCUGAUGUAUAGUUCCAUAAAUCAAGAUGAUAAAAGGCUGUUAUUCUGGAUAUGAACACUUGAUACUUUUCCAAAAGCAAAAUUGACUUUAAGAACCUUUGAUAAGUUGAUGUUAUAAUUAAGCUAAUUUUGUAUACUUUUUAAUAAACAAAUUAGCACCUUGCCACAAUUACA